AUGGCGAUGCGCGGCGACACGUUGCGUGAUCGCCAGAUCGCGUCCCUCAAGAAGAUUCUCAAUCUCAACGAGACGGUACAGUCGACCGACAGGGACGAGGCCCAGGCGCAUGCGCUGCUGGCUCCAGUAGCUCCCAUCUUGGACGCUGAGGGCAACCCGAUAUGGAAGGUCUUGGUGUUUGAUGACUUUGGUCGCGACGUCGUCAGCAGCGUCCUGCGCGUGUCGGACCUGCGCACCAUGGGGGUGACCAUGCACAAGCAUAUCGGCACGGCGAGGCACCCCAUACCUGACGUCCCCGUCAUCUACCUCGUCGAGCCAAACGAGCAGAACCUCAAGGCGAUUACGAAUGAUCUCGAGAAGGACCUCUACUCACCCGCCUACAUCAACCUACUCUCUUCCCUGCCCCGAGUCCUGCUCGAGGACUUUGCCACACAGACGGUCACGGCUGGCACGUCCGAGAAGAUUGCCCAGCUAUACGACCAGUACCUCAACUUCAUCGUGACGGAGCCGGAUCUCUUCAGCCUGAACAUGCAGAAGGAGCACACAUACUGGGCUCUCAACAGCGCAGCCACUAGUGACGCCGAGCUCGACAGGGUCGUCGACAGGGUCGUGAGUGGCCUGUUCAGCGUCGUGGUCACGAUGGGCGUGAUUCCCAUCAUCCGGUGCCCCAAGGACGCCGCCGCCGAGAUGGUCGCCGUGCGGCUCGACCGCAAGCUACGGGAUCACAUCCUCAACUCCAAAGAGAACCUCUUCUCCAGCGCGCGACAGGGCAGCGGCCCCACGCCCAGCUCGAGGCCUGUGCUGGUGCUGCUGGACCGCAACGUCGACUUGACGGCCAUGCUGUCGCAUUCGUGGACGUAUCAGUCGCUCGUGCACGACGUGCUCAACAUGAAGCUGAACAAGAUCACGGUCGAGACGCCGAUUGACGAGAACAACCCGAGCAAGGGCAGUACAAAGAAGGUCUACGACGUCAGCUCGAGCGACUUCUUCUGGUCCAGGCACGCGGGCGCCCCGGUGGUCGAAGCAGCCGACUCGGUCGAUGCCGAGCUCGUCAAGUGGCGAGAGGAGUCGGCGGCCAUGACGCACAAGGCCGGAGCCUCGAAUUUCGAGGACCUACAGAACGAGACAAGUGCGGCGACGCAACACCUGAAGGCGGUGAUCGGCGAGCUGCCGGAGAUGCAGGAGCGCAAGGCAACGCUGGACAUGCACAUGAACAUCCUGACGGCCAUCUUCAACGGGAUCAAGAACCGGCAGGUGGACAACUACUUCCAGAUUGAGGAGGAGGCCACGAAGCAGACCAAGGACCAGAUCAUGGAGGUGAUCAGGGGCGACGACAGGGGGUCCGACCCGACGGACAAGCUGCGGCUAUUCAUCAUCUGGUUCCUAAGUACGGAACAGGAGUUCAGCCGGGCCGACUUUGAGGGGUUCACCAAGGCGCUCGAGGCGGCCGGUGCGAACGUGUCAUCUCUGCCAUAUAUUCGACAGGUUCGCGCGACGACCAAGAUGACGCAGCUGGCGACGGUCAACAAGAACUCGGCCAAGCCCCAGGGAGGAUCCAACCUGUUCGGACAGUUCUCGUCCAUCUCGUCGCGACUGACAGACCGCCUGAAGGAGACGGGAGUGCACACGGGUCUGCAGACCAACUUCGAGUCGCUGGUCAGCGGUGUCAAGAACUUCCUGCCGGUGGACAAGGACCUGACGGUGACUAAGAUUGUCGAGUCCAUCAUGGAGCCAUCGACGGCGUCGUCGUCUGCCAUCUCCAAGACGGAGAACUACCUGUACUUUGACCCGCGGUCGGCCAACGCGCGCGGAACGGUGCCGCCGCCCAGCGCCAUGCGAGCGGGCGGGGCUGGCGGCGCACCGGGUGGUCUCCCGGGCUCAUCGCAGGGUAGCGGGCAGUCGGCCAGCUUUGGGCAGAGACGCCAGGGCUACAGCGAGGCUAUCGUGUUCACGGUAGGUGGCGGAAGCAUGGAGGAGUACGGCAACCUGCAGGACUGGGUGACGCGAACAGGCGGCGAGAGGGGCCGCAAGAGGGUCGUGUAUGGCAGCACGGAGCUGGUCAACGCGUCCGAGUUCAUCCGAGAGGAGCUGGAGAGGUUAGGAACUGAGGUGUCAUCGUAG